CACACACACACACUUAGAUAUUCCCUAGACAGACACCUGCCCUUGUGGAUAUGCCUCGCUCGCACUGGCAGAACAGCCGGCUGUGGCUGCUGCGCUGGCGGUACGAUGCACGCCUGCGCAUCGCCUGGACCCUCCUCUUUCUGGCGGUGCUCGGGAUAUCCAGCGUCAUGGUCGCAGAUUGGGUCACCCCGCCGGUGAUCAGCCGGCGCUCAGAGAGACUGCUUCAUGCCGAUGAGCCGGCCCCGGCAGGCAGGACACGAUCCGCCGGCGGGUCGCCCCUGCGCUCGUACGAGGCCUUGCCGGACCUUGCGGCGCAGCUGGCCGCCACCCCGGUGACCGAGGCUCCCCCUUCACGGGUGGAGAGCAGCCCGGCCACGGACCCGGGCGAAACUCGGCCCGUGGCUACUGUCUCGACGGCCUCGAUCCAGGCAGGGCCGGAUGCCAUGAUGGAGAUGGGCUCGGCCGCAUCGCGGGCCGCCCCGCCGGAUGCCGGCUCGGCAGCCCACAACAUGAAUAGCGUCACCGUGGCAUGGGCCCCCUGCCCGGGGCCGGGCUUCUGGGGGGAUGAUGCCUCCGGAUCGACGACCUCGCCACGGCUGCUGCGCCUGUCCCUGCUGCCGAUCGAGGGGCGCAUUGGCCAGGCACAUGUGAGCGACCCGCUGGACACCGGGCAUGUGCACCAAUUGUGCGCCCUCUCGGAGGCGCUCCUGGGCUUGCUCCGGCGCCGGCUCGGCACCCUGGCGGGCAGCACACCCGAGGCCAUGGGACGCUUGCUGCCGUCGCCGGUCACUGGCGGACGCUUUUUCCCGGUGCUGCUUGGCGGCACUCCCCGUGAUGGGGUCCUUUGGCAUGGUCUGAUACAGGCGUCCGGCGAGAGCGACGGCGACGCGGCGCCCGGUCGCGCCAUCGGCCGCGGGCUUUUUUCCCCCCGAUUGCAUUCGGCCUCGGAGCAAGGCCAGUAUUUGGAGCAGCUGGCCAUGGCGCUGGGGAAUCUGGCCAGGGCGGGCGACUCGGCGGCCGCCGGCGGCGAUUCGGGCAUCUGGUCCUCGGUGGCCCACCUGGCGGUGCAGCUCCGGCACCUCAUCAGCCCGGCGGGUGUGACUCCCAUGGUGGCUCAAAUGGCCCCGGUGGGCCGCGCGCCGACUGGCCGUCGCGCUUUGCCUUGGUGUGGCUUCACGCAGAUCACCAUCCUGCGACCGAGUAACUUGGAGCCGGCCGGCACGCCGGUCAGCGAGUCUCGGUGGCUCAGCAGUCACCAGCACCUGGACCGAGUGACAUUCGUCAGUAAUAUUCGCUCGCCGGAGGACAGUGCCGACAUCUUGCGGCUUUUGGCCAUGUGGCCGGGGCCGGUGGCAGUGGGGGUCCCCUUCACAGUCCAAGACAUCCAGCGCCGAAUGGACCUGGUUCGUCGGAAGCGCGUCAUUUACCGUAUGCAGGCGGAGGACGCCCUGGUCGAGGCCGGCGGUCUCCCCUCGGAUGACGCGCCCGAGUGGAUCCUCGAGCUGUGGGUCGAGGCGCAGGAGCGCGCCGCCGGAGGCCCCCGGGCCCCGGUGGACAAUGCUCCCCACCGCGAUGCGGUCUUGUACCAGCGCUCGGUGGCCGAGCUGUCCCGGGACUUCUACCAGGCCCUACUUGAGGCGGUCCCGGCGGCCGACAUGGGCCGGCUGUCGGUGGUCGGGGUGUUCCCUGUGGUGACGCCGGACGCCGAUUGCAAAGGAUGUCGCUUCCCCCCGCCGGCCGUGCACGUUCGGGAAGCCGUGCGCCAGGAAGCCGCCACGGGGUUGAUCCUCUCGGCCGAUGUGGACGCCUGGCUGCUGGAGGACAUGACCCCGCCAGACCCGGAGCCGACGGCCGGAGCCCCACCGGCCCCGGGGAACCCGGAGGCCGAAGCCACCAGCGACCAGGCAUGGCGCACCGCGUCCCCGGUCCCGGUGCUUGCUGGGUUCGAGGCGCGCCGGUCAUUGACCUUUGAGGAGCACCGGCGCCGGGCGCGGGCCGGCUUGCUGACCCCGGUCGGCUUCCGGCCUUGGCGCCUGGAUGCCGAGCGCCACUUCGGCCUGGACGUCACGGACAACGGGCCCGAAGAUGGGCAGGGCCUGGACAUGGCCGUCAGCCUGGAGCUCAUUCGCUGGGCAGAUGACGGUCCGACGGCCUUCCAGGUGGACGGCUGCUCCGAGCGGGCGCUCUUCCCCUGGGUGAUCGGCCCACGAGAGGUGCCACUGACGCCACGGCGAGUGGCCACCAUCGAGUUGGAGCAGCUGGUUUAUCGCGAGGAGUUUUCCCUGCUUUUCCCCUUCCCCAGCGGGCAGGACACAUUGGACUCCACGGCCGGACCCGCGGCCGGCGACCGGUCGCCCAUCAGGUCCAGCGCGGGUGGCCGGCGUUUGGCCCGGUCGGCGGACGGGUCCGCCAUCUGCCACCACAUCAGCCAACUGGACAGCUUGGAUGGCGUCCGGCCUGGGGACUUGGACUCGGUCCGGCUGACCGCCAUCGAUCAAGCCCACUAUGUGGAUCGGAUACGCCGCUGGGCCGGCUCCGAGGCCGGAGGGCGUCUCCUGUCCAAGGCUCGACCGCUGCUGGUGAGCCGCCGAGCCCUGCUCGGCCAGGCCCGGCUGGAGGAGGGCCUGGCCACCGGUGUGCAGCCAGGCCAGCGCCGUCGGACCGGUGACCCCUUCGAAUGGGCCUGUCCCGACACGGCUGCCGAUCACACGUCGAUCGAGGGGGCCCAGAGCGCCACGGGCCCCGAGGCUGGUGAGCUGUCCCACUGCCCGGCGCACUACCAAGCCAACCGUCGAUUGGCCAACGCCCGGCGGCUGGCUCGCGAGCACUGGUACCGCAUCGUGUCGGAAAACACCUGCCCAGGCCCGGAACUCCUGUAG